AUGGUGAAUGCCGUGGAAGAAGCGGUCCUUCAAGAAUGGAUUUAUUCAUCUCGUCUUCUUUUUGUUUCAGUUGUUUUUGUUUGCUUUCUAACACUUCCUCUUCUACCAUUCUGUCUAUUCUCACUACGCAAACACAGAAAAAGUCAGUAUUAUGCAUGCUUAGUAGCAAUUAUAAUAGGAAACUUUGUUCUUCUUUCAACAAUAUGUGCAACGGUCUUCAUUGAAACUUUCACAACACUUGCAAUGAUUCUGCAUGGAUCAUUGAUGUGCAAGCUCUCAGGUUAUAUUGUGGAUGCUUCGAGUUGCUUCAUUCAUUGGACAUACGUUGUCAUGUAUAUUCAGAGAUGUGUCUAUGUUUUUUGUCCAAUGAGAUCUCGAAGAAAUAGGAAGUAUCUACAUGGUUACUGGUCAAUUCUAUGUGUUUUGGCGUUUUCCCUCUUAACCCAAAUAUGGACACCACUCUUAAUCACGAAACUAACAGUUAGCUCUGAUGAAUCAGAAGGUGCUUACUGCGGAGUUGACCCAGGAUUCAACGGUGCAACACUUCAAACGAUAGUUGUCAUUGAAUCGAUUGCUACAUUUUUUAUCCCUUUUAUCUUGACGGUCAUAACGGAUAUUUCCGUGUUAAUUCUCCGAAAUCCUUGUCAAACCGAAUUUGCUUUGAUAGCUGCUGAAACGAUAACCGUGGAUCAUAAAAAACAGACGCCUACAUAUAUGAAAAUUGUUUCUCAAAAAAACAUAAAUGAUUCGGAACAUCGUCGCACAUUGGCAAUUCGACGUUGUCUUCUAAUGGCUACGAUCAAUCUUCUGUUGAACUUGCCUAAUUACAGUUUGAGGAUAAUCGAUGAAUUUAUUCAUUUGCAAUCACGCGGAGGACAUCAUGCUCGAAUCUUCUUAUGGGCUGAUGCUAUAGCUUAUAUAUUAUAUCUCUUACAAUUUCCGCUACUCCCUCUUUACAUAUAUUUUCUCCGAGCUGAUCUCAAUCGAGGUUCAUCUUCUCGUUAUCGUCAAGCCUCUCAAAUAAUCAGUACAACAUAA